AUGAAUCAUUCCAUCACACGCUUUUCAUUUAUCUGUCCUACAGAUAAAGUAAGUAGCGUUGCAAGAGUAUCAAAUCAAACCAUUGUACGACGGUCUGGAAAUUACAAGCCUUCUAUUUGGAAACAUGAGUACAUUGAAUCAUUAAGCAGCCAAUUUAAGGAAGAAAUAUAUGUAAAACGCUUCAAUCAGCUAAAGGAAGAGGUUGGUGAGCUUAUGAACCAAAUAAUAGACGAUCCUCUAAAGCAACUCGAGUUAAUUGAUACUUUACAACGACUUGGAAUCUCAUACCAUUUUGAGAAUGAGAUUAAAAACGUGUUGCAAAGAACAUACGAGAAGAGCAAUGAAAGUGAUGAUUUAGAAAAGAAUAAUCUGUAUGCAACAUCACUUAAAUUCAGACUUUUAAGACAACAUGGAUUCAAUGUUUCAGAAGGAUGAGGCCAUGAACUUUAG